UCCUCAGAAGACCUUCAAGAUGUUUAUUUCACCUCUGGCGACUCCUUUGCAUGGUUCGUCCCACCCUUCAUAGAAGUUACCUCCCAAUCACGGCACCUAGCAAUAUACAUGGACAACGCCAGUGAUCAGCACCGGUGGUGUAUGAAGAUGGUUGAAGUCGCUCGUGAGCUCUUCCCGAAGCUGUUGAAGGAACGUCGAAGGAAGAUGACGGGGGCGUGUUGGCUGUCGAGUGAGCUACUACGACUAUUCCAGAGGCUAGAUCAAGUUGCACUGUGUGGUCCGAUAUUGGCAUCGAUUCAGCAACAGUAUAAGGCGUAUUUCAAACCUGAGGUGCUGCCUAAGUCGGUCGCUGUAACGCUGUAUUUUCACUGGGGGAAGUAUUUAGUGACAGAGCAGAAAUUUGGUGAAGCUACUGAGCGGUUGAAUUGGGCGUUGGAGAACUGCUGUGAGGAGCAUAGGA